UAUGUUCAUUCAUAAGUGAUAAUACCUAGCUCGAAAAAUUCAGUUAUAAUUUAUUUUAUUUUAAUAAAGCUUUCGGUCUUGCACAAUGGAGAAGUUACCCAAAAAAAGUUGUAAAAAAUCAUUAUUCGAUACUUUUCUAGAAGAAAUUAACAAAGAAGAGUUAGAAUCUGAUCUUUCUAGUAAUGAAACAUCUAUUGAAGAAACUAUAAUGAUGGAUGUUGAAAAUUCUCCAAUUAAUAAUCAAGACACCAUUUUAAAUGAAAAUAAUAAUUGUGAUAUUAUGCUUAAAGCAUUUGAUGAUGCAUUUGAAACUAUGUAUGGUAAUAAUGAAGUGAGCUUUAUUCACAUCCAGAAAAUAUCUGAAGAAUUCCAAGCAAAUUGUAUACAUAUGAUAAAUACAUUUAAAACCCAAAGUGAAUCACUUGAAAUCGAAAAAUCCAAGUAUAAUUUACUGGAAAACGAGUCUGCUACUACUAUAAAUCAGUUACAAUUGGAAGUCACUAAACUAAAUUGGCAACUCAAACAACUAUCUUCAUUUAGUUCUAUUAUUGGGUCUACACUAUGUUACUAUCUAUGGAAAGCAACACAAAUAUCUUCAGUAAUUGAUAUGAUUUUACAAAAAGAUAACAUAACAAGUAUGGCUAAAUUUAUAACUAAUAUACUUAGUGGUUUUAUUAAAACAUAUAAUAAGCAGAUGCCAUCAAUAAAAACAAAUGAAACACAAUUUGUGUUACUUAUUUUGAGAAUACUAGCUAACCUAACAACCACAAAAAGUGGUUGUCACUUUUUUUCACAAGUAAAUGAUGGAAUCAAUAUUAUUAAUCUCAUUGUGUCUUUGGUGUUGUGUACACCUCCCUCACUUGAUAUAUUAAAGAAUACUUCUUAUUCAAUAUUGUACAAUGUAAGUAUUCAAUUUAAUGGAUACUUGCUUAUGAAAAACAUUAAACUUAUACAAACAUUACAAAAUGAUAUCAAAGAAGCACUUACCAAAAACAACAACACAAUUCUGUUUUCUUUAAAUUUACUACUUUCUCUAACUAGAAAAAUGGACAGAUCAAUGUAUAUGAUUUUUAAAAAUGAAGUAAGUAUUAUGAAACUGUACUAAAAAUUAAACAGCAUCAAUUAUAUCUCAA